AUGUCCGACUCCAACGACGACAGCAGCAACGGGAGUAGCAGCGACGAUGACAUCUUCACCGAGCACGUCGACUUUAAAAAGAAGGCGACGCAGCGCAGGGUGCCCAUACACACCGCCUCCAACUCAACUGCGCCGACGACGACGACGGCAUCUUCAGCCAAGACGGAUGCGCGCAGCCCCACCAGCCGGGAAGAACCGAGGCUGUUUACUACGGCCGUCACCGCAGACGUCAAACUCGCCUCCUCCGCCGUCCCCUCCGCGGUUGCCUCCGUCGCUGCGAACCCGUUUCUUUCCGCGGAGGGGCAGAGCCUCAACAUCAACACCACCACGGCUUCCGAGCUGUCGGUGGCCGCCCUGCAGGCUAUUUUGGGAUCGGACGUACCGGUCACGCAGCGCAGCGCGUCGACCAACACGGAGGCCAGCAGCUCGAAUAACGACCCCUCCAGCGAGGAUCGACGGAAGCUGCGCCGCCGUCGCCGCCUCGUCGGUGGGGCGCGGCCGCCGCUGCAUAAAAGCACGCUGACCGCCGCGUCAGCCCCGGUCGGCGGCGACGACUUGUCCUCGUUGCUUCCGCCGACCAACGUGCCCUCCUCCACAUCGGAGAGGGACGCCCGCGACACACCCGAGCUGUCGCGGCGACGCUCGAAUCUGCACUCGGCCAGCACCGGCGACCUCGCCACGGCCUCAUCGGUGGUAUCGGCGUCGAAUGAGCUGCCGGCCGUGGCGACGCGGCGGGCGAACUCCCCAGCGGUGGCCGCGGCGAGUCCGCGAGCGCGCCAUGCACCACGGUCACACCAUCAACACCCGCACCAGCACCUCCACACCGUUGGCUCGGCCUCGGCACUGGGCAACUCCCUCCAGUCCUCCGCUCUCCCCGUGUCGGUGGCGGCGCACCUUCUCAGCGAUGAAGCAUACCUUGACACCUUCAAAAUCCCGGCACUGAUGGCGCAGCUCUCCCUCUCGCUGAUGGCGGCCAAGCCUGUCGAUCCGCGCGCCUUUACGCGCGACUGGCUGGCAGACCGGCUUGUGAGCGAGGAGGACGAGGACGACGAUGAGGACGGUCACCAAGGAAGCGGCUCCAUGGACGCCGACUUGGUCAACGUAUCCAGCGCGCCGGCCACGGGCAUCGCGCUCUCUCCAGAGCGGGAGAGCACGCGCAGCUACGGCAUCGGACCCAGCAGCUCCAUGAGCGACGCCCUCAGCAACCACAGCAGUGCACCCAACGUGGACCCAGGGUCGUCGAACACCACCUCGCUACAAGCCUCCACCAUGGGAGGUGCCCCGCAAGGCGGGUCAACAGGACCGCCCACCGCACCCGCACCCGCAGCAGCCUCGGUGCGAAAGCGUACUCCCUACUCCCGCGCGAGCUCCGCGACCAACGACGCACAGGGCGAGCCCGGAAAAGACGACGACGACAACACGGCAUCCGACACCUCCUCGCGGCUCGACCUCGCCCCGCCGAAGCUCAUCGUCAUGACAUCGGAGCAGCCAACGCUGAUGGAGGCCGCAGCGAAGGCGCAGACGGGAGCGGAGCGCAAAGGCGUUGGCCGCCGUAAUACCGGUGCAACGGACGGGGGAAAGUGCGAGGGGCGACAGCGAAAGAAGAAGAACGAGCGCGGCGGCAGCGGCAAUGCCCGGCGGGGAACAGCAACAGCGACAGCGACAGGGAAGCACGAGCCGCCACGUCGCGGAACGCGCUCGAUGGCGAGUCCGGUGAGCAACGCGCGCAGCGGCGCCUCCUCCCCCUCGCCGGCGCCGACACCCACCAAGGCGGCGCAGCACCUGCACUCGCGUCAUAGCAGUCCGCACUCCUCGUCGCCGAACCUGUCCAUCAUGAAAACGAUGUCCCCGGCGGAGGCUUCGAUCAUGACGGACGCGGAGAAGGCGAAGCGUGCGAAAAUGCUGGUAGACAUGGCGGAAGCCGCCUUUCUGCACCAGGCGAGCGAGGAGAAGGAAAAGACAAGAGCACGAAAACAGAGCGACGAAGGCGGCAGUGCUGGGCCUGCGCUCGAGACAGACGGCACAGCAGACACGGCUGCGAAGUCGGCCUCCUCGUCCUCGUCAUCGGCCUCCUUCUUUGACGCGCCGCACAUCAACGGUGGGGGCUGGGCACACCUGGAACUCUCGUCGGCACGCACAACCAACGCGCCCUCUUCCACCGUGUCGAACAAGGGCAGCGGCGACUUGCACGACGCGCGCCACCGCGGUCGCUCGCCACUGCGCUCCUCCUCAUUGCUGUCCGCCCCAGACAGCGAUGAACCAAAUCACACGACCACGACAGUGCCCAGCACGACGAGCCCGCCCGAUCGGCAUGUGGCUUUGAUUCCCUCCGGGAGCACCAGCCCCACUCUUGACUCCUCCUCCUACGCGGCGGCGAUGACCAAAGGCACCACGGCGCAGGGCAGUGUCGUGUCCGCGGCAUCGCUUCCAUCGACCCUCUCCCCCGAACCCGAUACACCGGCGAUGGCGGUCUUGGAAAAGGAGGCAGGCCACAAGCCGCACUCGCCGCUCUCGUGGGAGUUCCAAACACCGCGCUCCUCUACCGCCGAACAAAGCCCCAACGUCAGCACGACAGCGGAUCAACACGCUGCUACGAAUGUCGCUUCCAAGAAAAGAUCGGCUUUGGCGGAGAACGGCAGCGAAGAGAACAGAAAGGCGAGCAGCAGCAGCAGCAGCAGCAGCAGCGGCAACGGAAGUGGCGAUGCAGCCAAUUUUGCGAUGUUCUCACCUCUGCUCGCUGUGGAUCGGCACACGAACGAAGUCAUCGACUACCGUACCACCGCGGGUGCCAUCACUAGCCAGCCUUCCUUCCUCGGGGCACCGCCGCUUAAUAUCCCCUCCGGCGUUCUUUCACGAACGGCGACCCCGCCCCGGCAAAGCAACUCAGCUGGCGGCUACCUCGUCAGCAGCCUCGGUGGGGGCACCAACGUUGGGGGGCCAACAAGUACCAGCAACACGGCGACCUCCGCUGCCGCUGUUGCCUCAGGAGGACUCGGGAAUGCGGCGAGCAACCCGUACGCGCCGUUCCCUCCCUAUGCCCCUCGUGCCACAACCGGCGGUUUCAACCUUCUCCCCACCCCGAUGUUGGCUGACAUGGUCGGCGGCAACGGCGUCACCAACUCUAGCUUUGGGCGCCGUGGUGUGCCGACCAACAACAGUUUUGGUCACCGCAGCAGCGCUGCCUCCGCCGCGACGGCUGCGAUGGCCCGUCACGGCGAUCACCCCAUGACGCCGUCCACCGCCGCUUUGGCUCCGCUGCGGUUUCUGACUCCGCAUGAGUCCGGCAGUAUCGGUGUGACGGGCAACUGGAAGACAGCGCCAAACCUGCAGCUGGCCGAUUUCCCCAAAAUAGGCUCGCACGGGGUCAGCACGAUGAGCAGCGCCAGUCGGCUCCCCAUCUGUGUUGCGACAGGGGAUGGGGUUGGGGUUGGCGGUGUGAGUGACAGCUUGCCGUGCACCGCGACCGCCAGCCUCGCCGCGUCGAGGGCGGCCACCCCGAGCUGCGGCACUGAUGUUCGGGUGGAGACGCCGCCGGCCGAACGCCCCACGACGUUCUGCCAUUCCUCGCUGAUGCAGGGGAAGGCGGAGGAGGAGAGGAAAGAGGUGAGUAGCGUCACGAAUACUAAUAACGACCACAGCAACGCCGACACCUCAGGUUCGUCCAGACAGGGCACGACGCUGUCGUCCGGUGUUGGUGGGAGUGGUGGCCUCGUCACCUCCCCGCUGUCUGCCACGCUGAAGGCGGACACCGCACGUCGGCUCGGUAAGUUGAUGGAUCAGCUACCCCCCAGCAAGUACGCCGCAGCAAUUGUGUUUCUCGAGGGGUUAAUGAGCUCCUCCGGCAACAGCGACGGCGUGGACGCGUCAGGCAGCGAUGCGAUGAGCGCGACCGUUUCGGUCGGCGCCGCCUCCGCACGCAACACGGGCCACUUUGGAACGACUGAGUCGCUACUCGCGGAUCCCAUCGGAGUCGGCAUGGGCCUGACCGGCAAGCCUGUGUCUCCCCUCGUGAACAUUAACGUCGCGGCGCACGCCUGGCCGGUGCCGACACUCGCACAGUCCAGUUCGCUCGACGGCGUGCCGGCCCACGGCGUGGCGUCCUUCUCGGGGAUCCUCAGCUCGAACCACGCCCUGAGUGGCGGCGUCUGCAUCGUUGACCCGCUGCAAGGGGCAGAGGGGAUGAUGGACCUCGUCACCAAGUCCACCGCUGCUAUUCCCGCUGCAAAGUCGACGGGUUCUGCCUCGGUGGACGCCAUCGUGCGCGACGCCCUCAGCCAAAGCAUACUGCUCACGCUACCGCCGACGCACAGCGAGGUAGGCAGCCUGUCCGGCGCGAGCCACUCCGCCUCCAACCCCACGACAACGACGACGACGACGACCGCCGCCCACUUAAAAAACAACUUCACCCCCGUGUCAAAGGAGCACUUGCCGGUCACGACGGUGAACCUGUCGUCCGUGCGGCUCGACGCAUCGGGCGGGCCGGCCGACCCACGACUGCUCGCCAAGGCCACCACGGCGGCCACCACCAAUGCGGCCGCUGCGGCAGCGGCGACAACAGCAGCACGGGCGGGUGCGGCCAGUUCGGCGAGCGUGCAGAGCGUCGCGAGCCCCGGCAGCGUGACGGCGGCCAGCGUACGCAGCACCGCCCCGCUCUCCCAACCGGCCUCACAAACCGGACAGGUCGGUGCCCCGUCCUUCUACAAGAAACCCUCCGGCAACGACCUGUCCAGUCUGUGCCCGAACCCGCCCGUGGAAGAGAGGGCGAGCGGCUUGCUUGUUGGGCUGGAUGGGCCGCGCACGCGUCGGGCCAACUUUGUGCACAGCCGCACCAGCAGCGCGCACAACGAGCAACGGAGCGGCGAGGAGCGGGAGAGGGCGCCGCGGCGCACGGACCUGCAGGCCGUGUCCAUCGCCUUUGCCUCCGCGAUCGUCGCCACUGCGGACGCGCGAAAUGCGCCGGCGACGGCGACAGCGUCGACAUUGCCGCCCUCUCCAAAUGUCGCGACGGAAGAGGAGUUGCCGACGACAACGAGCGGCGCAACGGUCUCUGCGUCCGCCACCACGACCACCGUCACGACGACUACCUCAGCGAGUGGCCACGGCGAGCCCUCCACGGAUGCCACAACUGGCUCUUCUCCUCCUCCGGCACCGCACGUCCCUGCGGAGACGGCAGCAAAUGCCACGGCGCCCGACGAGGCAAAGAAGGAGAAGGAAAAUGAGGAAGAGGAAGGAAAUGGCGGGGAGGGGAGCAGCACCACCAGCGGCGUCGCGCCAGCUCACCCUGACGACAAACCGGAGAACCCUCCAGCUGUGUCGCAGCCAACCGCGAUUCAAAACCCCCCGUCCACCACCGAGCCGCAAGACGCUUCUGCGCGCUCCUCCCCCGUUGAGCACAUCGGUCUUUCGGAUCGGGAGGAGCCCAUCCGCGACGUACUGUCACUGCUCGUGCAGACGAGCAAAAUGGGCAACGAGAAUCAAACCCCACCACGCAGCCACAGCAGUGGAAGCAGAAGCGCAACCACCGCGUCGGGCAGCAGCAAAGACGGCGCCGAGGGGUCCACAACACUCCCCGCAGGAUCAGAAGUGCCGCACAGCAAACCACACGUGCCCAGCACGGCUGAGGACAAGGCGCAAGAGCUCACGAUGCUCUCCGAUCAACGCCUCUUCACCUCCUCGUCACAAGCCUUCCCCAACAACGGCGACGCUUCGCAUGAGACCACCACCGGUAUUGUCGACUCGGUAAAUUCUACCGAGCUGCCGGUUCGGUCGGACCGCUCACAGCACCCGGCAGCCGCGGACUCGCUCUUCAGUCCUAUCUGCGCCGAGGUCGCCGGCGACAGCAGCAGCAGCAUCAAUGCGGACGCCCCGAAGUUGCGCCGUCGCCGGUCAAAGCAGAACAUCUCGCGCGGCAGCGACAACGGCGGGAGUUGGUUAGAGAACGUAGGGCAGAGUGGUACGAGCACCACGAACUCGCCUAUUUGGCACUACCGCAGUCAAGGCCACUCCUCGCCAUCGUUUCUGCAAGAGGGUCAUACGUUCAGUAGUCCGCAGGGCACCAGCCCCGGGGUCUGCUUCGUGACUUCCCCCUUCUCGCCGCCGCUGCCGGAGUCGAUUGUCGCGGCGGGCAAGUCUUACGUGACGGACGACACGGCGGCCACGGACCGCCCGAGCGAGUCGCCGCAGCACUUCGAUGACGACGACGGCGACGACCUUGGCGCGACGCUGCGCAGCGCGGUGGUGAUUGCAGCCGCAACCGGCGCGCACGUCCCGCAGCGCAGCACCACCAGCGCCGCCGCCACGGUGGCAAGUCCCUAUGGCACCUUCACGACGGUUUCUUCCAGUCAGCUGCCCGAGUCGUUUGCGAGAACCCCGUUCAGCCCGCAUGGGACCGCGGACGGCUAUCGCCCUGAUUAUGCCACCAGCCCCUCUAGCGCUUUUCCGGUGAGCCCGCAGAAUACAGGCUACAUCUCUGGGACCGGCACCGCCGCCACGCCGGCGCGUCGCCAGCACCACCAGGAGCUGCACCCCUCCGCGGCCUCCUCCAGCACCCUCUCACCGCCCCUCACGCACAGCAGCUCGCUCAUCGUUGACGGCGGCAGAGGGGGGAACAGGGUGCCGCCCAGCAUCGGGAUCGUCAUUGGACCGGACACCGCGACGCCUGGUACGUCGCUGCUGACGCCGACGACGCAGCUCCCUCCGUCGCCGGGGCUGAGUCCGUCGCACGAACCCCUCGCCACGUCCUCCGUCGCAGCCGCGAUGAACUCCUUCCUCUCCCGCGAGGGCCACGUGGCGCCCCAGGAGGUGGAAAUCGUCCGCGAGGCCGUCGCCCGCUUUGAGGCCUUCGCCGCGCUGGAAGAGACGCAGCUCGAGACGCUCGUGCGGACGAUGUCGCGUGUUGAGUUGGCGCAGGCGCAGACGCUCGUGCAGGAGGGCGAGCCGACCUUGGAGAAGCUGCUGCUUGUCGUCUCUGGCAAGAUGUCCAUUUCGCGGAGAGGACUCGUCACACGCUCCGUCACACGCGGCCAGUUCUACGGCGAGAUGGAGAUGUCAUACCACGUCGAGCGCAGCCGCGUGACGCUGACGGCGGUCGUCCCGACCACCGUGUACGCGCUGACGAAGGUGGAUUACCAGAAGCUGGUGAUUCACGAGAAGGAUGCGCGCCGCUACAUGUUCUUGCAGUACGUGAACCAGUGCGACCUCUUCAAAGGGCUCUCGCCACCAACCAAGAUGCGAUUGGCGGACUCGUUCCGUGUGUGUCGACUGCGCAAAGGCGCAAAACUGACGGAGCAAGGCGCCCCGGUGCAGUGGAUGUACCUCCUAAUGUCCGGUACGGUCCGCAUGACGUGCAAGCCGCUCGCCCAAGGCACACCCGCCGCCACUCCACAAAGUGAUCCGGUAAGUACCACUUGCAGCGCCGUUGUGGCAGAGGGCGAUACCACCGCUGCGGCCACGUCCACCACCGCCUCACGCCCCAUCGUGGAGCUGCUGAGCUCGACAACGAACCCCAACGACCCCGCGAUGCUCACGAGCAACUCCUCCAUGGCGCAGGCACCGAACUCCUCCUCACGCGUGGCCACCACUCUCCCCUCGCCGCCCUUCACACCCUUCCACAAACCGGCGGCGCUGGCGAAGUCGCCAGACGGCAAGCCUGGGACCGGCGUGCAGGAGCUGCUGCAGCUGGCGGAGUCGCAGGUCUUCACAGCAGAGCAGCGCAACAUCAGCGGCAGCGCGGGUGCCUCGCCUUUGCUCGCGCCCGUGCCACCGCCAGAGGGUCACUCGCCGCGGCUGAACUCCGGAAGUUGCGAGGAGAGCAACAGCGGCAGCGCAAACCGCCAUACUCACUUCCUCAGCAGCGGCGACGGCAUGGAAGACGCAUUCGCGCAGACGCACACGCUCGGCAAAACCACCCCCAGCUCUCAGAGCGAGGACCGCAUCGCGCCCACGAAAGACGACAGCACCCCACUGCUGCACAAGCGCCGGCAAACAAUGCUGCAAAUACAGCGGCAGCCACCGAACCACCACAGUCACGGCCACGGCCACCACCGCCACUGCGACCCGAACGUGCUGAAUACGCCCGGCUCGCACCGGGCCGGAGCGCGGCCGUCGAUACUGCAUCCGGAUUUUACUUUGCUCGGCUCCACCAUGGCCUCGCUGGACCCGGGCUCCCUGCAGCGCUGCGCCUCUCCGUCGCCAUCCACCGCGUCCGGCAACGCCAAGCGCUCCACCAGCAUGCUACUCGCCGGCGGUAACCCGCGAGUGGCCCGGGCGGCGUUUAGUGGAUCAGCCGACACCAUCACCAUUCCGGAGGAGACGCUCGUCGUGGUAGACCGCACACGCGGUCAGCUCGUCGGCGAGCCGGAGUUCGUCUUCAAGUGUAAAGGUCUCUUUACCGCCGUGGCGACCACGACGGUGCAGGCCGCCCGCAUUAGUCGUCUGCACUUUGAGGCUAUUAUGGCCCGCAGCGUCGUCGAGGAACUGAAGCGCAACAUGCUGUUGGACCCUGACUACUACUACUUUGAGUCGACAGUGCCGUCGGAGCUGAAGCAGGAGAUGCAACGGCUGCUUUUCCGUCUCAACGUUGGCAGGGGCACGAAGCGCCACUCGCGCCUCAUACUCCCCUCGUCCCGUCACCAUGGCAGCUUCCGCGGGGACAGCAACGAAAAGUCGGCGUCGCGCAGCGCCGCGAUGCAAGCCGGCGGCAUCAGCCGCACCGCCGCCGAGCUCUCUGCGAGCCCGAAGCCUUUGUGGUCGCGCCAGCUCAGCACCUCCGCCUCGCCCGUGCUGGCCGCGCAGAUGCUGUGCCGCUACAAGUCGAGGGACUCCUUUGCAACGCUGUGCAGCCCCACGGCGAAAAGCACGUCGAAGAGCCGUUUCCACACCGUCAAGAUUCACUGCGGCGGCGCAGCAGAGAGCAGCACCGGCGGGAGAGAGGAGGAGAUGGGCAGCACGCGUUCCGUCACCGGCACGAAGUUGAGUGGACAGCGGCGUCGGCAGCGGCGCAGUCGUCGUCACCGCACCGCGCCGCUUGAGCCGAGCCCGGCGCCGGACUCCGACGGCAGAAACCCCGCGAGCAGUCCGGAGGACAACGCAGACAUGAGCUCCGCCGUUGUGGCCGACCUCGCCGUGAAUAGCACCGGGAUGGGGUCCUCGACCCCGUAUUUGGAGGCGCCGUCCGUCAGCAAUCACGCCGUGCAGGGCAGCGGGUCGAGCAUGGCGGACGUGUCGCCCAUUACCGGCGAUGAAACCUCGAACCACGCCGGGGAGGUGGGCAAGCGAGCGGGUGGUGUGAGCACGUCUGUCGUCGCCGGCCGCUCCCGCACCGGCACGCGCCGCGAGACCGUCGACAACAACACCUUCUCGGCGAAGCACUCCUCCACGGCGGGCAGUCGCUCUCGUCGGAUCAGCGCGCGUGGCGAGCUCGUGUUCUCUGGCAGCCGCAAUUUGUACCGCUUCACCGCCGACGCGAUGAGCCUGAAUCAGAGUAUUGUGAUCGCCGUCGUGGUGGAUGGCACGAUCAUUCGGUGGAACUCCGUCGCGCAGAGCGUCACCGGCUACGCGCCGUUUGAGACGAUCGGCAAGAGCGUCUACGACUUCAUUGCCUCCGAGGAGGGUCGGCAGCAGAUGCGCGACGUCCUGUCCCUGGGCACGCACUACGCGGGGAAGUGGGAGCAGUACGCAACGCAGCACCUGCAGGAGAAUCGCGUGUUUCCGUUUCGCCAGAACUCGGGACUGUUCCAGGUCGGUCUGGCGCUCUCCGUCGUCCCGUCCAACUACGCCAAGACGGCGGAGGUGCUGCUGCUGAUCGGGAGGGAGGCGAAGUACCGUGCCGCGAACACGUACGCCUCGGAUGUGGCGAGGUGGCUGGAGGGGCUGCUGAAGCCGCAGCUGCGUCAGUUCCAGCGCCGCAUGAUGCAAAUUGAGUCGCACGGCUGGCGCGUGACGGCCGAGGAUGCGCUGCAGGUGAAGGGAAACCUGGACGCGUGUCUGUCGAUGGUGGAGCAGUUCACGAAGUUCUCGUUGCUGAACAUGGAAACGGUGAACGAGUCCUGGCGUCCGCUGCGACUGCCGACGAUGCUCGGUCGAUUCGCCGUGGAGGCCUCCGCCUUCGCCCGGCAGCGUCGCCACGAGUACUACUGCAACAUCGAGCAGGUGGAGCCGAAGACCGACAUCUUCCUCGACGCGCCGCAGGUGCUGGCCAUUUUACGUCUGCUCCUGGCCGAUGCUUUCAUGAGCCCGAACGAAGACGACGACGGCAACCCGAUCGUCGUGCACGCCGAGCUGCGGGUGACGGUGGUGGAGCCGCAGGACGCACACGCCGGGCCGGGCGGCGGCAGCGCAUCCCCCGCCAUCCGCCAGACCCCCGGCAGCGUCGGGGCGGCCUCCCCUGCCUCCUUCGCCACGUCCUUCGCGAGCACCAACCCCGCAGCAGCCGGCGGUGGUGGGGGGGCGAAGGCGAGCCCCAUCCCACUGUUCGGCGCGGCGGCGAGCGGGCCACCCUCCCACCCCUCCAACGCCGCGCUGGUGAUUCUGGCGGAUCAGCUCAGCGUGCACCCGCAUGGCACUCCCAAUGCAGAUCCACUGCUGCGCAUCGCUUCCUCUCAUCAUCAGCAGCAGCAGCUACACUCGCACAAGGAGGAGGCCAGUCGGGCGGCUGCAGUUGCGAUCGGACCGCAAGGUCGACUCAGCGCCGCAGGCGCAGCGAACGUGGCGGUGGCGGCGGCGGCCGACGACAGCAGUGGCGGCGAUACACCGAGCACAUCGGCGGGCAACCCAACCGUCGCCGGCACUCCACCGUCCUGCAACGCCGUCGCCGCCACGGCCCGGCGGGCUGUGUCGACCACCACCUCGACCCCGCCGACCGCGCACGCCGCCACGACGGGGUGCGUCUCCCUCAUGAAUGCAGGCAGCCCCAACACGACGAUGUCCGCCUCGCUGCGGCGCAUCCGCUUUGAACUGCGCGACGACGGGCCGACAAUCCCAUCGCUGCGCUCGCCGGAGACGGUGGCGACGGAGAGUGUGCGGGCGGCGGGGUCGCCCGACUCGACACCGCCAACGUGGAGCGGGGACCAGCAGGCUCUGCCGAGCAGCCCCUCCCCCCUCCACGGCGAUGCCUUCCCGAAUGUAGCGAGCAGCGCCGGGCUGGAUGGCAGUCGGCCCAGCACAGGCAGCCCCGGACCGGCAAAGUCAACCCGCGGCGCGGAACUGCAGCAGGUGGAGAAGAUCUUGAGCAACCUUGGCGGCCUCGUUUACGGCUUCACCAGACCGGAGGCCGCCGGCAACGUACUGCGCGUGGAGCUGCCGCUGCUCGUGGUCCCUGGCGCGAGCGAAGAAGGCCGCGAGGACGAGAACGGGCUGACGACCGGCAGCGGCGCUCCCUUUUCCGGUGCAAGCCGCACCUUCACCGUCAUCGUCGCCGACAACAACCGUGUGCAUCAGCAGCAGCUAUGUCAGAUCCUCUGGGCGCGGCAGCACGCCGUCGUGCCGGUCACGUCCUUCCGCGACCUGGUGCGCAAGUUGGAAAUGAACACGGCGGAUAUCCUGUUAAUUGACCCCCUGCAGAUCGAUGUCGUCUCCGAGGACUACGAGUCCCUGCUCGGCGACGACCCCUUCGAUGAAAUCCGCAUCCUGUCCGCCCGUCUCGCGCUGGUCGUCAUGACGUCCGACUUCAGCGACUGGCGGGUGCAGAAGCUGCUGAAUCGGCAGGCCGUCGUGGAGCUGCCGAAGGUCGGCUCGGGCGCGCUGGUUCACAUCGCCAUGCAGGAGGCGGAGCAGAUUGUCACGGAGAUGCGCGACGAGGAGGAGCGGAUCGAUCUCAUUCGCCGCACCUUCACGAACUCCUCCUCCGAGCGGCACAAGAUUGGCCGGCGCAUUGGCAGUGGUGCCUUCGGUGACGUUUACGAGGUCGAGGAUACGCUGACGGGCGGCAAGAUGGCGAUGAAGCGCAUGCGGCUGCACGAUGGCCUACUGGCGGAUGAAGUGGUGCAGGAAAUUUUAGCCAUGACCACCCUGAAGCACGAGAACAUCAUCCAGUACUUCUACUGCGAGAAGGAGAGCGAUACGCUGCUGCGGCUGUACAUGGAGCUGGCACCCGGCGGUACCCUACGUGAUAAAAUUCGCGAGCACCCCGGUGUCAGUCUCCCGUUUGAGGACAUCGUGCACCACCUCUCCGACAUCUGUCACGGCCUGGCCUACGUGCACGAGCAGCGCUACGUCCACGGCGACCUCAAGACGGCAAAUCUUCUCCUCGGCACCCGCGGCCGCACGAAGAUCGGCGACUUCGGCACGGCGAAGCGACUGGCGCCGCACCAGCUGCUGUACACCAUGGUCGGCACACCACAGUACAUGGCGCCGGAGGUGCUGACGGCCGACGUCGAGGAGCGGCUGGGCUACGACUUCAAGGCCGAUAUUUGGUCCUUGGGAUGCAUCGUGCUGGAGAUGGCGACGGGCAACGCCCCCUUUGCUCACCUCGAGUCGGCUCAAGGCAUGGGGAUCAUCAAAUACCUCAGCGAGCUGACGGACACGCCGGACCUGUCGCCGCUCUUCUCCGGCAACCCGCUCGUGUACGAAUUUGUCAAGAGCUGCCUCGACAUCGACCCCAAGAACCGGCCAACGGCGCAGGAACUGCUGCACUUCGAUAUCUUAGAAGGCGCCGUGGCCAGCCAGCGGGCGGAGCGACUGGUGAAGCGGGCGGAGAUGCUGUACAAGCUGAACAAGUACGCGGCGAUGCGCGCUGACAAUGGUGGGGGUCAGGGCCUCGCCGGUGACGGCCGUGGCAGCAUCGACAGCGGUCACGGCGGCCACACUGCCCCGGGUGGCAGCGGGCUCUUCUUCUCCGAGGACGACAGCAACGCGACGGAGGACUACGACUACUACGACGAAGAGGAUGAGGGCGACAUGAGCGAUGACGCGAACAACAUGUUUGACGGGGUCGACGUGGUGAGCGCGUCGGAGGCGGACGAGGAGGGGGAGGGCGAGUACACCGAUGAGGAGUACGAAUUCAGCAGCAGCGGCAGUGGCAGUGACGCGUACAAGCGCGAGCGGCAGGCCGCCGAAAACGGCGCAGAGGGCAACGUCAACACGGACCAGACGACGUCGCCGGCCGACCAGUUCAAGUCGCAAACCACGCAGGAGUGGCAACCCCCGCAGGAGCCAGCUGUUAGCCCGGUAGUUUUGAUGAAGACACAGCACCCCACGCCACAUGAGCCGACCGAGCAGGGUCUUCCAUCGUCUUUAGGAGAGGGCUCUGCCGAAGGAGCAUCUCCACUGGUCAGCACGAUGCAGACGUCAGCGCAACCACAGGCCACCACGCUGGGGAAGGAAGAGAUGGUGGAGGCAGCGCCAUCGCGGGCGGCUGAUGCUCUGCCGACGGUGGAAACGACAGCGGCUGAGAAGGGCGGAGAGAACACGUGGAAGCCCGCGGAGGUCGAGAGAGUGGCACAAGAGGAAGAAAAAUAG